CCAUGCUGUCCCGCCUGCUGAAGGAGCACCAGGCCAAGCAGAACGAACGCAAGGAGCUGCAGGAGAAGAGGAGGCGAGAGGCCAUCUCUGCAGCGACCUGCCUGACGGAAGCUCUGGUGGACCACCUCAAUGUGGGUGUGGCCCAGGCCUACAUGAACCAGAGAAAGCUGGACCAUGAGGUGAAGACCCUGCAGGUCCAGGCUGCCCAAUUUGCCAAGCAGACAGGCCAAUGGAUCGGGAUGGUGGAAAACUUCAACCAGGCACUCAAGGAAAUCGGGGAUGUGGAGAACUGGGCUCGGAGCAUUGAGAUGGACAUGCGCACCAUUGCCACUGCCCUGGAAUACGUCUACAAAGGACAGCUGCAGUCGGCCCCGUCCUAGCCCCUCUCCCCUCCCCCCUCCACCUCCCCAUGGAGCAGGAGGGAGGCUGGCAGGCCACAAAUAAAACACAAGCCUCAA